CGGGAGCCGAUGAAGGAAUACAGGCAGCUCAUCGGACGCCGUAGAGUCAGGCAGUCAAACAGGGCUGACUGAAAUGCUGGAUGUCUGCAAGAAGGCCAAAGUCGCGUCACCAUGAAUCGUCCGGAUGUGACCCCGAGAGCAGCCCUUCGCAGCAUCUCGCCUGGCGAAACCUCAUCUACCUCAGGAUCCAUUCAGAGCCACAGCACAGAUGCAGACACAGAGGUGCAAGGCUCUGCGGAUGAGUAUUCGGCAACAUACUCAUCGUCGAAUGCUUCUCAAACAUGGCCGCAGGUAGGCGAGAGCAGCCGCCAUACGACGCAGGACUCGAACGCUUCCUCUGCAGGAUCAUCUAGCGGCUCGCGGCAACAACCUAGGCGCCAGCACUCCUUAAGAAAGAACAACAAGGGCGGCAAUGGAAAGCAUUGCUCCUUCUGCUUGCUUGCUGAAUUCGACAUUGACAAAGGAUCAACGUUAGCUUACCAAUACCCCGAACCUACGGGCCAUGAUACUCACGUACUAGCCGAAUUGAUGCUACCUGAUGGUGCCCAUGCUAGACACGAAGACUGGACGGUAUUUUUCCUCAAGCCACCAAACCCGCAAGAAAAGAAACGGUCUGCGUUUGACGACUAUGACUCCGAGAACAACCCAACUUCCCGGCAUCCAGGUCCUACUCGCCUUUCUCCUCCAACACCCACAGAGGACCUGACUUUUGUUUUGAAUUUGGUACGAACCAAACACGACAAUACAGUCCGACGAGGGGCAAUGGUAAAAGCGAUGUGCAUAGGCACGCGGCAUCCGUAUAUCCAAGUGUUCAAGCCUUUACUUCUUGUGGCACUCGAUCGUUACUUUAGCGACCCGGGUCCGGAGCACCUGGAGCGACUAUACGAAGCAGUGAAUAACCUCGAACUUUCCGCGAUGCCAAAUUUUACUCGCGAGGAACGGCUCGUAUUGCGAGGUAGCGACCGACGUGAUCUAUUCGAGGAGCGCUUCCUCAGACCUGGUUUACCACCUUCCGAGGACGGCGACAGCUUGAAUGCCGAUGCCGAUGCCGAAGAUGAACAACACAACGCCUCAAGCAAGCGUAAACGCUCUGACGCCUCCUUGGCGCUGUCAUUGAGCGCCCUCAAAAGCGUCAAUACCGACGUGACGAGCCCGACGUCCUCGUCAGACGAUCCUCCGCCAUCUGCUUCGCAGUCGCUAUCGAGUCUGGGAGGCUCAAGUUCCCGCGGAAAGAAGAAAGACACUCGCUUCUACUCAACGAUGGCAUACUACAAUAAGCUUCCGAUACCCCUGCACAUCCCUCUCACCAUUUUCCCAGAGGAGAUUGGUGAUUACUCGAUGAUCCAGCUGGUGCAGACCUUCUCGGGACCUGCCUCCAUCCCAACAGGACCGCAGCAUCCCCAUCUCCACUCGAACGGGAGUUUGACGCAUCCAAUCAUCCUGCUGUUCAAUGCAAUGGCGACCCAGAAGCGAAUCAUAUUCUUGGGGCACGGGCAGCCUGCAAACACCGUUUCCAGCUUUGUGCUUGCUGCCAGUGCGUUGGGCUCUGGCUGCGGUGUUGUCUUUGAAGGUUUCGCCGGGCGUGUUUUUCCCUACACGAACUUAACCAACCUGGACGACCUUGAGAUGGUACCCGCAUACAUUGCUGGCGUGACAAACCCGCGGUUCGAAGAUCUGCAUGCCUGGGACGUGCUGUUCAAUAUCGAGAACGGCAAGGUGACUGUUUCAAAAAACAUCGAGCCUGCACCACCUAUGCAGCCGAAUCCCCGUCCGGCGCUCAGCAGGUCUGGUUCGCUCUCCAGCAGCGGCGGUGUAGGGCACAUCGCAAACUCGUCCUCGGCAGGGGUCGGUAUUGACUUCGGCGUUAAGGCCGGUGGCUCGACGAUGCUCAGCAACAGGGAGCGAAGCGGCACAUUCGCAGAAGCAAAGCAGGACGCAGCGGAUAACGCGUUCAUCGAGGAUAUCCUUGCGGCUAUCCAAGCCCACUGUGGCGAGGACUACGUCCGGCAACGAUUUGUGGAACAUGCUCAAAAUUUCGCUCGCAUCGUCGCCCGACACGAAGAACACUUCUACGGGCAUACGUUCAUCGGCCCUACCUCGCAGCCAUUCCUGAACGGGCAGCUCGGGAGCGGUGCGCUGCCUUAUGGAGACCGCGAUGCUGAGCUCAGGGAUAUUCAGAUCAAUGCCAUGCGCGCCGAGGGGUGGCGAGGAAGCUACAGCUACAAGAUGUACAGGGAGGACGAAGCGCAGCGCGUAAGAACCCGGUCCAUCAGCGGCUUUGACUGUCCGUACCAACUCGGGCGCCUGCGCAGGUCGAAGCUGCUUGCGCUUGGCGAAGCACAGAUUAUCUUUGAGACCCUCUCGCGAUGUGUUCAGACACCGACUCAAAUCGUCGAGCUACUUUCCCUGCUCCCAAGCCAUUCUGGCGGGUUGACUCCUCUUGCGUUCGGAGUGUUCCACCCAUCAGCGGCAGUCCGGGUGAGCGUACUAGAUCUGUUCACCAACAUUGCACUUCAUCCAGUUGGCUGCAAGCUUCUGCACGGGCUCAAUGCCUUUGUCCGAUUAGCACUUGCUCGCAGCCUCAAUGCGCGCGCGGAGCAGGGCAGGUCCAAGCAGAAUGGUCUCUGGUCGUCGCCCACGCCCACUUUGGCCAGGUCGCGAGACGGCAUGCCGGCUUUCUACAACAGUAACAAUCAUGAAGCGAGCUACCUACCAAAGAACUGGAGCAGCCUUCUCCCGCCGUCGUCGCAAGCGAGCAGGUCUCCCUCGCCUGCGUCCGGCAUCAGUGCUAGCUGAAUGGAUUAACAAAGACACCAGCGGUUAAAUGUACAAGAAGACAUUAUGGGCCCCCAUGGAUGUAGCGUAUGGUAUGGCCAUCCUCUAGGAUUACAACACGCCGCCGACAAAAACUGAUGCGGUCCAUGUCCACCUAUACUUCUAUCUCGUAUUCAUAAUAGCUGCCAUGCUGCC